AUGGGGAACGAGGAGAGCCAACAGGGGGUUCCCGGGCAGCCCCAACAGCCAGGCGCCCCGGCCGGACCCUAUGGAGGGCCCCGCUUCGGUGGGGCCCCACAGCCGCCCCCAGGCAUGCGGCAGGUGGCUCCCACGGGCCGCCCCAUGAUUAGGCCCGGGGGCCCAGGGCCUCCCCCUAGGGCAGCCUUUCCGGUCGGCGGCGCUCCCAGGCAACCAGUUCAAGUGGGAGUACAGCCGUGGGCGGAACCUCCGGUCCAGCAGCCCCCGCACUUGCGGGGCCCGGGCCCGGCCCAGCAGGGCAUCCGGCAGGCCGCUCCCGCUCCAAUUCGGCCCUCGAUACAGCAACAGCAGUUGCAGCAGCAACAACAGCAACAGCAGCAGCAAGCGAAACAACAGCAGCAAGCAAUGAUGGUGGAAGAGGAUAUCGGAGUGGACCUCAGCAAUCUCUCCGAAGAAGAGAAGGCGAAGAUUCUUUCUGUUAUGGCUCGAGCCCAAGAUUUGGAUGAAGAUUAUGAAAGACAUAAGAGGGCAAAGGACGAUGCGGUGGAGCAGCGACCGCAGUUGCUGUGUCCUCUGUGCCAGUCGGUGGACCUUGCUACUCAAACGAACAAAAUGUGCGGCGAUUGCGGGAAAAAUUUCUGCCAGAAGUGUGGCACCUUUGUGCCUGGGGAAGGAAGGCGAUCCGUGUGGGUGUGCAACACCUGCUCGAAUCGGAGAAAACAACUCAGUGCAGCAAUGGCAUCAGGACAGCAGGAUACCAUCACGUACACGACUGCGGGACAAAAGAUCGUGGGAGACCCAAGCCGGAAGGACGAGACCAUGUCACGUGAGUACCUCCACCCAGCCUCCGUAGAUGACGUAGUUUCAGUCUCUGCAGGACAGAACAAUUACUACAUCAUCAUAGAGAACGACGAGGACGACUGGGGGGAGGAGGACAUCGCGUCCUCCCCGAGGCGGGGGGAUUUAGGUGACGGCUUCAGCGAUCGCACCUCCAGCAUCCGGCGCAUGCUCGAGGAGGCGGAGGAGGAGGACGAAGAAGAGGAAGAGGAGGACAGCGAGGACGAGGGAGGGGGAGGCUCGUCCUCCUCCGCCCUCCCCUUUUACGACAGGAGUCCCGGGGAGGUGUACACCAUCCCUGAGGAGGAGGAGGACAUUGCCUCGCCCAUAUCCGGGUGGGACGGAGAAUUCAACCCGGACACUGCGUCUUCACUGCUUCGCUGGAGAGGCAUGGGCCAGCCAUUCCAGAACCAUCAGCAACAACAGCAGCAGCAGCAAGUCCAGCAGCCGAUGCUUGCCCAUCAGCCCAUCCAGUCCACCCAGCAAUCCGUGUCCCUGAUUGGCACAUCGGUUUCGGCGGGCGGCGGCGGAGGCGGAUUCGUGUCGGGUUCGCUAAUACCGAGCGCGCCUAUGGGCCGGGGCGCGGGAGCCACCAUUCCUAGGACAGUGCCCCUGGCGACAUUGUCCCAGACGCUGCAACAGCAGCAGCAGUGGCCCAAUUCGCAGCCCCAGCAACAACAGCAGCCGCAAUGGAAUUUACAGCAAGCGCAAAUGCAGCAGCAAACGAACCUCCAGAGUGGUCAACCGCAAAUGUCCUUACAAAUGUCCGCUCAGCAGAAGCAGCAACAGCUCAAGUCGAAACCGAUGGAUUUGGUGCCCGGGAUGAUGACCCAGCAGCAGCAGCUUCAACAGCAACAGCAGAAGCUGCAACAGCAGCAGAAGGGCCAGAAGGGUCAGAAGAUGGGUGAGCAGCCCCAGCAGGGGGAGUGGAGCCCCGUGACCGAUCUGUCCCCGAUCAUGGACGUGUCCCCGUCGCUGGAGGCUGCGGAGCAAGAACUGAUGGAGAAGUGCCAGGAGGCGGGGGACUCGCUCAGGCUCGGGAUCCCCAGGGCCACCUCAGGCACCAUAUCGGGCAUGUUGGCCGACUUCAACAAGGCGCUGGGCUUGGCCGCCACGCCCACCAUGGAGGAGGGGCGGAGCCUGGCCACGGUUCCGCCCCAGCAGCAGCAGCAGCAGUUGGCUAGUGGCGCGGUUGGCAGCGGCGGAACCGUCACGACCACGGUUACAACAGGUGGCACGGAGAUGGACCAGAACCAGAAUCUCGUGCAACAGCAGUUCCAGCUUCAGCAGCAGCAGCUUAUGAUACAGCAGCAACAGCAAGUAAUACAGCAACAGCAACAACAGCUUCAGCAACAAGUGCACCUUCAGCAGCAAAUACAACAGCAGCAGCAGUUGCAGAGUCAGCAACAACAAGUUAUGAUUCAAGAUCUGCAGCAGCAACAAGUAAUUGCGACACCCCUAUCGCAGCAGCAACCAGGGGUAGUCAUGGGCGGAACUCCGAUGCAACAGCAGACCCAAUCCCAGCGGAAGGUUCACAGGCGUCUGCCUCAGCCUACUAUGGACCAGAUGCAAGCGGCGGUCGCCAUAGCUGCACAGACGCCCAGGAGCAAGUCCCAACAACCCCCCAGGACCCCGAGCAUCGGAGUCGCAGCCCCUUCCCCUUUCCAAAGACCCGUCUCGCCCAUGAUGGCCCCCGGUGGCGGCACCAGGCAGCAAAUGGUUACCUCCUCCACUGGCCAGCUCACUUCCUCGACUUCCCUCUUUGAUUCCUCAUCCAGCUUUCUCAGUGUGCAACAGCAGCCCACAAUCGGAUUAUCUUCCCAGACCCUCACCUCUACCAGUUCUAUUAGCCCAACACCCCGAAAGGAUUCAGACCUCCUGGCGGAUACGGAUACUUCUGGUGGCCGGAAGAUUCGUCGCCGCCUUCCCCCUGUGCCCUUAGAUCAGGAACCGACCUCAGUACCCCUGCGUAGAACGAAAGACAGAGCUAGGACCCUGUCCAUGGGAGCCAUGCCGUUGUCGGCCUCAGACAGGACAUGGGAUAGGAAAAUGCCGCUCAGGACAACUUCUUUGGACGAUGGUAUGUCUUUGACAACGGCCGUGACAACAAGCAGUUCCAUCUUGGACUACAUCGGCUUAACGUCAAAUACAGACACCUACCUCCAGCUGUUAACCUCCAAAGAUUUUGGGGGGCUCUUGGGUCCCACACCAACUACCACUACCACCACCACCUCUUCUGUAUUGGCUGGGAUUACGUCCACUCUAGGUUUGUCGUCAAGCAGCCUCCUGGGCCCGAGCAUGCUGGGCCGUCGCGACUUGAGCGCCCCCCACAGCCUCUCGUCGUACCUGCGCAGCAGCGGGAUGGGCGUUGUGCCAUCCACUUCCGCCUCCUACCUCCUGGACCACCCUUCCGCCACUUCGGACCUUGGAUCAAAGCUUCCCACCUACAUGUCGACCCUAAAGCAGCAACUGCGGGAGGAACUUAGAUCGGUCACUGAUCAAAGACGCCGUAUCACCGAUCCUGAUCUCUCUGGGCUGCUCUCGCAUUCAACGUGGGCGGAUUCGACGUACGAUCCGCUUCGCAAGCUGGGUUCAUCCACUCUGCCCCUGACGUCCGGGGGUGGUCGGAUGGGCGGCCCGCAGGCCCGUCGUGGCCGCCACAGGAGACACGCCUCUGACACUAAGCUUUCCACUUUCACGUCUCUAGGCAGGGAUGAAUUCUUGGACGAUCCGCUGUUCCGGUACAAGCUGUACCAGCCAAGCAGCAAUAUGCCAUUCAAGUCUUUCGAAUUCGAGUCCAUCGAUGAUCACCUGCGAGCGGACGGACUUUACGGUUCGUCUCCUUAUCGAAGCUCUCUGCAAAUGGGGCGUGGUUCCACUUACCCUAGAAGGUCCUCCCUCACUGAUAUGAGGUUGCGUGCAGACGACAUGGAUCGUCUGCAGCUCAGAGAGACAUCUGUGAACAGCCUGGGUGGUGCUGGCAAAUCACAAGAUCCAGCCCUGCGAAGAUACAGCAGGGAAUUAGCCAGACUGCGCCGCCACACAGACACAGGUCUGUCAUCCCUUGGCCUGGGACUGGACCCGUACGGCAGGACACCGCCCUCUUUCGGUUAUUCGCAGGGGCGGUCCCUCCGGAAGCCCCGUUCCUGGCACCCAUCGCCCUACGUGUCCGAAGACGAGGACGAGCGUGAGGAGAAGAAGGCGAAGAUUAAGGCCGAGAUCGCGCGACGGAGGCAACACAUUGAGGAGAACGCACGCCUACACGACGAACUCUACAAGGUGGCAAGACUCAGGGAUGCCACAGGUUAUGUGAGCCCCGCAUAUGGAGAGCGCCUGUACACGAGCCCCAUCUCUCUGGAGAGCGGCGGGUCUUCCCAGGAGUCAAGCCGAGACCCCCAGGACUCGUCCGUCCUGCAGGCCAUGGAUGAUCUCAUGCGCAGCAGGGACCUCUACCGGAAUCACCACCCCUCUUAUACCUCCGCCUACGGAUCGCCACAGCACACCAGGGCUUCCAGGUAUGAUCGUUCCCACCCAUCCUGGCAGUACGAGUAUGGCUACCCUGAGGAGGAGGACCCCCUGUACGACCCCGUGUAUGACUACUCCCCCCUCGCGACCGAUUCCGAGACGGACCUGGCGCCCAUGCCCCUGCUGCCGGACAUGCCCACCCGGUCGCGGAAGCUCCUGCAAGAUCUGGGCAGCUCGCCCCUAGGCCCGCACUCCAGGCAAUACCACCACUCCAGAUCCGGUGGUGCUCCUCAGCCUUACGAUGAUUACGAAGGUCGGGGGGCCGUGGAGGAUAUGAGGCGCCAGCCCCCCUCUUCCCAGUCAUCAGGGGACAGGCAGCAGUCCAGCCAUCUACGAAAAGCUCAAAACUCAAAAACCAGUCAGAAGUACGACUUUCCUGUAAAAAGAAUUUUGCUCACUAGAGACCCAAAGGACCGUUCAGUUAGUGGAAAUGGUCUGGGAAUGAAAGUAGUCGGAGGCAAGGAAAUCCCAGGGAGCAACGGAAUGAUCGGAGCGUAUGUCGCCCGGAUCUAUCCGGGCGGAGUCGUCGAGACGCUCGGAGAAGUCAGGGAAGGAGAUCAAGUAUUGGAAUGGAACGGCGUUCCUUUGACGGGGAAGACUUACGAAGAUGUACAGCGGAUUAUCGCAUCUUCGAGCGAUGAAGUCGAAAUAGUAAUUCGCAGCGACUUCAACAUGUUGAGUUCUCGAUCAUCCUCGCAUCAGCAUCAUCAUCGUGACCAUCAUCAGCAGCAGAAUCAGCACCAGUCUCGGCUGUCGCGGAACAAUGCUCACCACGAUCAUCAGCAACAGCACUCGCGAUCCAACAACUCGACCUCCUACCAUCAGUCCGGGAGCUACAGAACGUCGAGGGGCGACGUUGACGGAUACAACAGGAACUACGACACCUCAGAUUUCCUCAGAUCACCAACAGACGAAGGGGUUCACAACUCUAAUUACAUGGACUCUUAUCACAGUUCGGAGCGAUGUGGUUCUGUAACGCCACCUAGGGGAUAUCGGUCUUCAUCUCCAAGGCAACAGAAGAUAGGAUCACCUGUCGGAAAAGGAGAUUGCUCGGACAACAAGGAAAAGUACAGGGCAGAAGAUAUAUCAGGUGAAAUACAGCUUCAAGUAUGCUAUGACUCAAAGGCAUCCAUAUUAUACGUCACCAUUGUGAGAGCAAGGAAUUUAGUGACAUCUAGGGAUAACAGUGGGUUGCCAGACCCGUACGUGAAGUGUUAUCUUCUGCCUGAACGAUGCGUGGAGAACCAGAGACGAACGCGAUACUUUUCCCGCUGUAGUAAUCCGGAGUGGAAGCAAACAAUGGUCUAUCCAGAUGUGCCACAAGACCAACUGAAGAAAAAACACCUCGAAAUCUCGGUCUGGAACUAUGAUGUUAACAGGCCGCCCGAGUUCCUAGGAGAAGUUAUUCUAGAUCUGAAAGACACUUCGGUUAUCGAUGAGCAGUCUCGGUGGUAUAAACUACAUCCCCACGACCCCAAAAAGUAUCCGAGUCACACCGCCACCCUCAACAACGAAGAAGCCAUUAAAAUGGCUAGACUGAACAACCCAGCUCAAAAGACGCUCUACUUCGAGAAUGGAGAUGACAUCAGGAAGAGCAACAACUUGGAGAAGAAGUUUUUUAGACAACUAACGAAGAAGUCCAACGUAAAUGAAAGCUACACAAGGGCUAGUGAGCAGUCAGAGUUGGAGACUACCAGCACUUUACACGGGCAACAUCACCGCUCAUCCAUUACUUCCGCAGGGCUGCCAUGGCGCCGUUUGCUCCAUUCUAUAACCCUAAAGCAAAAUGCCAAAGCGUCAGUACUUCAGUCCGGUUUCAUGCAGAAGAUUACAAGCCCAGUAUUAGCCAUACGAGUGUGAUCUUCUCAGAAUUGCCCAUCUAACCAUGCUGGUCAGAAUUCCGAGGAAUACUAGCAACUUGUGCACCACCA